AUGACGUUAAACGUGCGUGCAAAUCCCUCACUACCAUUAAUCUGGGACGUAGCGUCGAUAGUGAAAACACCGUUCGGUACGAACCUUGACCUUAAUCUCCGGAUCACUCUUGAGCGAGCUCUGGUGAAGAUAUUGGUCGAAAACCUUGUUAAGCCAAUUACCAGUGAUCACGAUCUCAUUGAACUCGCUGAGAAGAUGGUGGCUCAGCUCGAUAAUAUUUUCGAAUCAAGUGAGAUCUCUCAGCCGCUUCCGAAGAAUGGAUCAUAUCUGAUUUUACUACGACAACCUAACAUGGAUGUAGGACACUCGACAGCUGUUCACAAUGGCAAAUAUUUUGAUAGCAUGGGAGAAGCGGCACCUACGAAGUAUGGAGUCGGGCGAUAUAAUACCAAACAAUAUUAA